UAGCUAACACAUACGCUCUGUUGCUUCGUUUUAUGUUCUCUCGCGUCGGUAUUUUUGACGUUCAUCAUUUAUUUGCAAAUACUCAUUGAUAAUGAUAGCGAACGGUCUAACCUAGUUGGGCUGUUAAUAACCCGUCGAGCACUUUAAUUACGUCUGAAUGCAAACAAUGAGUGGAGGAUAGAGGUUUUAUCACUGAAUGAACUACUCACAGGCUAUUCACAUUCAGCAAGAAGCGGUGGUUCGGCGAAAUACUUACAAACAGGAUAUACGUAUUUCGAAUUGUGUGGGACUACUAAUGAGUUUCGUUUUAAUAUCUAUGUAGGUUCGCGUUAAGAAUUGUUUUCAUUUAAACAUAUAACGAUCAAGCAUAUUCACCGACCAAGAUGGCCUACAGUUUUGAAUCAAAUGAACGCGCGAGCUUUAACGUUUUGGAUUACGUUUUAUUUGGAUUGACACUAGCGUUUUCGGCGUUUAUUGGCAUAUUCUACGCUAUUAAGGACCGUAAUCGUCAGAACACGAAAGAGUUUCUGUUGGCGGGCGGCGACAUGAACCCAAUACCGGUGUCGCUGUCAAUCCUGGCGAGUUUCAUGUCAGCCAUCACGCUGCUGGGCACGCCGGCGGAAAUGUACAACUACACGACCAUGUACUGGUACAUCGGCCUCUCCUACCUGCUUGUUAUCGCCACGGCAGCGCACGUCUUCGUACCCGUAUUCUACCGGCUCCGUUGCACGAGCGCGUACGAGUAUCUCGAGCACCGAUUCAGUCGCGGAGUAAGGACGGCGGGCUCCCUGACGUUCUGUAUCCAGAUGAUUUUGUACAUGGCCAUAGUGUUGUAUGCUCCGUCGUUGGCGCUAAACGCAGUGACGGGGUUUCCUCUGUGGUGGUCAAUCAUCGCUGUCGGCAUCGUUUGCACCUUCUACACUGCUCUGGGCGGUUUGAAGGCCGUGCUAUGGACCGACACAUUCCAGAUCCUUGUGAUGUUUGGCGGCCUGUUCGCCAUCGCCAUCAAGGGAAUGGACGAAGUGGGGGGUCUUAAGGACGCCUGGUCACAUUUUGACAUCAGUGGAAGGGUAGUUUGGGACGACUUCAGUUUCGACCCGAAGGUUCGCCACUCGGCGUGGGCGCUUGUUAUCGGGGGCUGGUUCACCUGGGUGGCCAUUUACGGCGUCAACCAGGCGCAGGUACAACGUGCAUGCUCCUGCUCAUCGCUGAAAGAGGCGCAAAUCGCGAUGUGGAUCAACUUCCCCGGCCUCUGUCUUAUCCUCUACUUGGGCUGCUUCAUCGGUAUCGCCAUGUACAAUCUAUACCGGACCUGCGACCCCAUCAAGUUCGGCCUCGUUGCCGCAAGCGAUCAGUUGCUACCCUUGUUCGUUAUGGAUGUGCUAGGCAACGUGCACGGAGUUCCGGGCCUAUUUGUCGCCUCUUUGUUUAGCGGCGCCCUAAGCACAAUAUCGUCCGGCUUGAAUUCCAUCGCCGCGUGUAUUCUCCAGGAUAUAAUCAGGACGUACUGGGCAAAGAACAUGACCGAAGAGAGAGCAACCACCUGGUCCAAGGUGUUAGCUGUUAUAUUCGGUUUGGUAUGCCUCGGACUGACCUAUGUGGCGUCAUUGCUGGGAGGGGUUUUGCAGGCCGCACUGUCUCUGUUCGGGAUGAUCGGGGGGCCGCUACUUGGCGUCUUCGUGCUAGGAAUGUUCUUUCCAUGGUCCAAUACCGCGGGUGCGUAUGCAGGCCUGAUAGUCAGUUUGGUGUUCAUGUUCUGGAUUGGCAUCGGUGCCUACAUCACGGAGGUCACUAAGACAAUCCCGAAAGCGCGCGUUGUGCUCAGCGGCUGUAACUGGAACCUCACCACCACCGCCGCAACCGCCACCGUCAGCGCUAUUAACAUGAGCACCACCGCCACGCCAUUCAUUACAACAGAUAUCAUGACAACGAUGAAUUCCGUAAACGUCACAGUAAAAGCAACAGAACACGAUGGAGGUAUUUUCUUUCCGCUCUAUUCGCUCUCCUAUUUGUGGUACAGCGCUACGGCUGUGGCUGUCGUCGUCGGAGUCGGGCUGAUUGUCAGCUUCGUUACGGGAGCUAACAAGCCCAGUGAGGUGGACCCUAAUUUGCAGAUCCCCGUCUUUGACAUCUUGUUCCCUUAUUUGCCAGAGGUGAUUUUAAAACCUCUGCGAUGUGGAGUCGUUUAUGACAAGGUAAAAAGGGGAGACGGCAAUCGAAGACACACGGCCGCGGAUCUUAAGAAUUCCGAUAUAGACAAUUUCUUUGACAUUGAGAUGGCAGGGCAGGAAUCUGACGCUAAACAAAAUGAUCACGUAAACGUCGCAUAUAACGGGAACGUUGCCAAUGGUGUAGCCACAGUUGAUAGCCCCAGACUGCAGGCCAAUGGUCAUGUGACCGAACAUGACGGGAAUGUUCUGACCGUGCAUUUCUGAGUGGACCAAAGACUGAACGUGUUUUGAUAGGAAGGAUGCCUUAACUUGUUUGUGAUAUUGCUGUGUUUGUUUCAUAGCACUGAAGAUAUAGAUCUGUUCACGACGUGUAUUGUAAUAAGAUGCUUUUUGUUCAUUUCGUAUUAAAACGUUGUAAAUACAUAUGGACUAUUGAAGGACGGUGUUCCGAUAUGUUGUAUUGGACGAGGCGAUUUUGUAACAUCGGAACACCACAGCCUUGAAAUAUUCCAUUUUUUUUACACAUCUUCUUGUGAUUUUAAAGUCACAAACGCAAUAAAUACGUAUACAUUCUUCAAAUAAAAACAUUUACUUUUAUAAAUUACCAAAAUAUAUAUCAAUUAGAAUGCUGAAAAUCUCACUAUAGCUUAUAGCUUAUGGUUUGUUUAAUGAUCUUUACGAUGAAUUUUCUUAAAAGAGGCCAGAUAGUAUGGUACAGCGGAAUCAGAAUUAUAGCGGGUAGAAUUUUAUGGAUCUAACAGUUUGGCGACUUGUAUUUUAAGGAUUGAUGAAGGAGGUAUUUUGUAAUUUUAAAUAAUUGUAUGUAAUACAAUAUAUUAAAUUAUUAAGCAGAUUGUGUACAACCGUAGUACAGUAGUAGUUGAAAAUCGAUGCGCAUGAUGAAACUUAUAUAGAAGUAUGGUGUUGUGAGGACUUCUGUCAGUCGAGAGGCGAAGUCUCGAGUGCUUUGCUACUUGACUUGACCAGCGAGUUUGAUACACGGUCGCAUAACACCAAAGUUUUAAAUUGCAAAAAGAAUCCAGCUAAUAGUAUAAUACAGACUCCGAAAAAAUCUACUAACGAAUACAAGUUACCGUGUUUGAUUGUUAAAUUCAUUAUAUUUGAUGGCAAAACAGGAAAGGUAUAUCAUUAUGGGCAUAUACCGUGCCUCCUAUGAACUGAUUCUUUUAUCACUAUAAAGUUAUAUAUACAUUAUUUUAACAAUUUAAUGAUGUUGGGUUGUAUGUCAUAAACGGUAAAUGAUGGAAAAAUGACUGUACACAACUGCACACAACUUUUCGUGCGCUAUGCGUGAAUAUCUCACGUAAGUCAUGGCUUACACGAGGUUUUAGGACAGUUCACGAUAACUGGGAUCGGUGAGGCGAUGUGGCUCUUCGUGUGAUAAAUUGCCAACAUUUUUACCAUGUAUGUGUAUCCAUAUGGAAUCAAAAAGAUCAAUUUUCUUGUUUGUAUUUAAAAUAAAAGCAAAGAAAAAUA